AUGGCGCGCCCAUUCUCGGCCGGUCUCAACAUGGCCAUCAAGCAAUCGGCCGGAUUGAAACCGGGCGAGAAGCGCAAAAAGAAUAUCUUCGAUGACGAUUCCGCAGACGAAGGCGAGGCUCAAGAUGGCACAAUCGAGGUAUCGACAAUUGGUGGACUAGAUGCAUCGCCUCAACUUUCAACACAAUUCACGAAUGGCGGACCACCUCCGAAGCCCAAGAUGCAGUUGGGAUUCACUGCCAAAUCGGCUCCAAAGCCAUUGAAGAAGCCUUCUCUGUUCGACAAUGACGAAGAGGAGGAGGAAGCCAGAGAGAAGCAGCGUCAAGAAGAGGUCCAAUUUGGCUUGAAUGAGCCACAGUCGAAGAAGAAGAAGACGACUAGCGGCCCAGAAAACGACUUAACCAAUCUGUCGGCAUUACACAGCAGCAAGAAACAUUCCAAAGAAGCCGAAGAGCUCGACCCCUCAAUAUACUCCUACGAUGCCGUCUAUGACAGUCUACACAGCAAGUCGAACAAGACGGCGACAGUCAACAAAAGCGAAGCGCCGAAGUAUAUGACGAAUCUGCUUCGCAGCGCCGAGAUACGAAAGCGUGAUCAGACCCGUGCUCGCGACCGCCAACUGGCGAAGGAGCGCGAAGCCGAGGGUGAUGAGUUUGCGGAUAAGGAGAGCUUCGUCACGGGUGCGUACAAGGCGCAGCAAGAAGAGCUACGGAAGAUGGAAGAGGAAGAGAAGCGCCGUGAAUUGGAGGAAGAAGAGCGGCGCAAGAAGAAUGGUGGCGUGGGCAUGGUUGGUUUCUACCGGGACGUCCUCUCCCGCGGUGAGGCUCAGCACGAAGAGGCCGUGAAGGCUGCCGAAGAAGCUGCGCGUCGGGUCAAAGCUGGGGAGGCCGUUGAAGACGAGACGAAAGCCUCUGACGAAAAGUCCGAGGCACAGAUUGCGGAGGAGCUCAAGGCCCGUGGUGCACGGAUUGCUAUCAACGAUGAGGGCCAAGUGGUCGAUAAGCGCCAGCUAUUGUCAGCUGGAUUGAAUGUAGCGCCGAAGCCCAAGGCCGCACCAUCUACCCAGAGAGCUGCAGAGGUGCGAUCUGGAGGUGGGCGACCAAGUGGCAUCCAUGCUGGACAUCAGACUGGCCGUGCUGCUCAACGAACCCGUCAAACCGAGAUGAUUGCUCAGCAACUAGAAGAGCAAGCCAGGAGGGACGAAGAGGCCGAGGCCUUACGGCAAAAAGAGAUCGCGGAGAAGGUUCGCAGCCGAAAAACAGCGACCGAUGUCUCCAGCGCAAAGGAACGCUAUCUGGCGAGAAAGAGGGAACGAGAAGAAGCUGCUGCAAAAGGCAAAGCUGCUUAG